CCACCUAUGUUUCGUUGAGCACGAUUAAAUGUAUGUUCACAAAAUUGAAAUAUUUGAUUUAGCAAUGGCCUCGUGGCGGGCUGGAGAGUGAGCCGCCGCCGUGUCGUGCGCAUACCACACGGCCCACUCUGCCUUUUUAAGUCUCUAUAAAAGGAGCCUCCAUUGCUGAAGCUUUCAUCACUCCCCACUCUCCAAAAUGUCCUCCUCCAAAUUCGUGGCUUUGCUUUUGUUUGUAACUCUUCUGUUUGGAGCCUCUCUCGCCCAACUCUCCGAAAACUUUUACGACAAAUCUUGCCCUCGUCUCCCCAACAUUGUCCGCGCCGCCGUCAAGAAAGCCAUCGAAACCGACAUCCGCGCCGGAGCAAAACUCAUCCGCCUCCACUUCCACGACUGCUUCGUCAACGGCUGUGAUGGCUCUGUUUUGCUAGAGGAUGCUCCCGGCAUAGACAGCGAGCUGAACUCACCCGGAAAUCAAGGAAUCCAAGGGCUCGAAAUUGUCGACGCCAUUAAAUCCGCCGUGGAGGCGGAAUGUCCCGGUGUCGUCUCCUGCGCCGACAUCCUAGCUCAGGCCUCUAAAGACUCUGUCGAUGUGCAAGGAGGGCCUAGCUGGAGAGUAUUAUACGGAAGAAGAGACAGCAGAAUAGCCAACAAAACAGGGGCUGAUCUCGGCCUCGCCAGUCCCUUCGAAACCCUCGUCGAACUCAAAGCCAAAUUUGCUGCUGUUGGCCUUGGCACCACCGAUCUGGUCGCUUUAUCCGGAGCGCAUACGUUUGGGCGAUCGAGGUGCCAAUUCUUCAGCCACCGAUUUGCCAACUUCAACGAAACAGGGAGGCCAGAUCCGACACUGGACCCAAAUUACAGGCGAUUCCUGGAAAGGGUGUGUUCGGCGGGGCCAGACACACGUGCGAAUUUCGACCCAACAACACCGGACGUGUUCGACAAAAACUACUACAGCAACCUUCAAGUGGGGAAAGGGCUUCUGCAGAGCGACCAGGAGCUGUUCUCGACGCCCGGGGCCGACACCAUCGCGAUUGUGAACAGUUUCGCGGCCAGAGAAGGCACCUUCUUUAAGGAGUUCCGGCAGUCGAUGAUCAACAUGGGAAACAUUAGGCCUUUGACUGGACGCCAAGGGGAAAUCAGAAGAAACUGCAGGAGGGUCAAUACCGCCAGGGGAUCAGGAGAAGAAGGCCACGAUGUUAUGUAAUCCACAAUUUCCCUUCCCCUGCCUGCAUAUGGGAAUUUCAAACUGCUUCUUGUUAGAUUGGAUGUUUUUGUGUGUGGGUCUUCUUUUUAGGCCAAAACAAAGUAUAAAAAAGUGAAUAAAAUGCAGAUGCAGGGCUUGUGGUCGCCACUCAUCUUCUGUUUUUGGUUUCUU